AUGAGUCCACAAUUGAAAGUGCAAUUGGAAAAAUACUACACUGCUCAUCAAAAACCAAAAGAGCUCAAGUUCACAUAUGGUACCGCUGGUUUCCGUACAAAAGCCAACAUUUUAGAUAGUGUUGUCUUUGUUGUAGGUAUAUUAGCCAGUCUUAGAUCCAAAUAUCUAGAUGGUCAAUCCAUUGGUAUCAUGAUUACAGCAUCCCAUAACCCACCUGAAGAUAAUGGUAUCAAACUGAUUGACCCACAAGGUGAAAUGUUAGAACAAGCGUGGGAGGUCUAUGCAACCACAUUAGCCAAUCUAAAUACAAGUGAAGAGAUCUAUGACGAAAUUAUCAAGAUAUCAACUCAACUUAACAUCAAAUUGGAAACCCCUUCAAACGUUGUCAUUGCUAGGGAUUCCAGAGUUUCAGGUCCAGCAUUGACUGAUGCUACAAUUGACGGGUUAAAAGUUUUAGAUACUGGUUAUAAAAACUUUGAUCUAUUGACAACUCCACAACUCCACUAUUUAGUUAGAGCCAUCAACACACACGGUACUCCAGUAAGUUUUGGUGAGCCAAAUGAAGAAGGUUAUUUCAAAAAAUUGUCAACUUCCUACAAGAAAAUCUUUGAUGGGUUUCUUGAUGGUCAAACACCUGAAAAGGUUAAAAUCACAAUUGAUGCAGCAAAUGGUAUUGGUGGUCCAAAAGCUCAACAUCUACUCUCAAGAUACUUAUCGGACUAUAUUGAUUUCACUGUUGUUAACAACAAUUAUUCAGAUCCUGAAGCUUUAAAUGUUGGUUCUGGUGCUGAUUACGUCAAGACUAAUCAAAAAUUACCAAAUAAUGUAAAUGCUGAACCUUUAAAACUUUAUUCCUCAUUCGAUGGUGAUGCUGAUAGAGUCGUUUUCUAUUAUACUGAUGCUCAAGGUGUUUUCAAGUUGUUGGAUGGUGACAAGAUUUCCACACUUUUAGCUGGAUUCUUUAAAGACUUAGUUGAAAAAUCAAAUUUUAAAGCUGAAAUUGGUGUUGUUCAAACAGCUUAUGCUAAUGGUAGCUCCACAAACUAUAUCACAGAUGUGUUGAAAGUACCAGUUGUCUGUACGCCAACUGGUGUUAAACAUUUACAUCAUGAAGCUGCAAAAUUUGAUAUUGGUGUUUACUUUGAAGCCAACGGUCAUGGUACUGUCUUAUUCUCAGAUUCUUUUAUUGAUAAUCUAAAAACAGCAACUCCAUCAACCCCACAUGAAAAGAGAGCUAUUGACACAUUGUAUGAACUUUCUCAAUUGAUUAAUCAAACUGUUGGUGAUGCAAUUUCUGAUUUAUUGGCAGUCUUGAUUGUUUUAUCCAUCAAACAUUGGGAUCCUUCCAACUGGGAUGAAUCUUACACUGAUUUACCAAACAGAUUAGCAAAAGUCGUCGUUCCUGAUAGACAUGUUUUCAAGACCACAAAUGCUGAAAGACAAUUAACUUCACCUGCUGGAUUACAGGCCAAGAUUGAUGAAAUUGUUAAAAAAUUCCAACAUGGUAGAUCUUUUGUAAGAGCUAGUGGUACUGAAGAUGCUGUCAGGGUUUAUGCAGAAGCCAACUCAAGAGCUGAAGCUGAUCAACUUUCACAAGAAGUUAGCGAAUUGGUUAAAAAUUCAGUUUGA